GAUCCCACGAUCUUGGCCUUAUGGAAGCAGUGCUGUGGUGAUGAGAGGUAUUCCAGCCAGAAUUGAGGCUCUCUCAUGACACCAGACUCACCCGUAGCAUCACGGUGGCCUGCGCGUUCUCUUACACGCAAGCUUGUGGCUUCGCAAGAUCGCCGUUGGCGAAAUGCGUCGUGAUGUCCUAGCGAUUGCAGCAGUAGCCGGCCUUGUCUAUGCGAAUGACCCGGCCCCUGUGGCGUUCGACGCCGGAGAAUGGCUUGGGAUUGACGGCAACUGGUCUACAAUCAAGGUCUUGCUAGGAUCGAACUCGGAUCUUGUCAAUGUUCUUAUGAGCACGUCGCUUUCGGAGUUUUGGGCCGUUGGACCUGGGGGAUGUUUAAAAAAGGAACCGCAUUGCACUGCGGCCCGCGGGGGCAUUUACACGCCAUUUGCAUCCAAGCAUUGGUCGUACAUGGGCAUCUGGCAACUCGGCUUGGAGUACUUGGGUUAUGGCGGAAAUGGCCAGUAUGGACUCGACACUGUCAAUGCGUACAGCAAGAUUACCGAUAUCGGUUUCGGCAUGUCCAAUGUCCUCAUGUCAGCCAUCAACACGACAGACUACUACCUGGGCUACUUUGGCCUCGGCAUCACACAGGGCAACUUUGGCCGCGAAGUAGCCCAAUCGCCUUUGACGCAAGCCGUUCACACUUUUGGGUGGAUUCCUAGCUACAGUUAUGGCUUCACUGCUGGCGCCUCCUACCGAAACACGCCGGUAUCGAUCACCUUGGGCGGCCAUGACACCGCAAGAUACGUUCCCCACGAUAUCGACUUCACACUAACUCCGCAGGACAACAUGCCACGGGCUUUGAUCAGAGGCAUCGAAGCUUCUGCCAAGAAGGCCAACAAGCCAAAGAAAUGGGCCUCCGAAACGGCGAGUCUUUCGGGCUGGGACAACUCGUUUACGGCCUUGAUUGACAGCACCACCCCAUACCUGUGGCUGCCGAGCGCCGUGUGUGACAGAUUUGCAGACGCCUUCAACCUGACGUAUAAUGCGACGUUCGACUUAUACACCCUUACGAAUGAGCAAUUCAACCAGUAUGGCUCUGCCGAUUCCUUCACCUUCACCUUUAGCUUUUCGAGCUUCGAUAACAAUGACAACUUCGGAUCUCCCCUUAACGUACCGGGCUUGGUGAACAUCACGGUGCCAAUGCGAGCAUUUGUUGGCCUUUUGCAAUACCCGUUUAUGCAUCGCACCAUCAAAUACGGAGACCCAGCUGUACCUUACUUUGCAUUGCGAAAAUCCCACAACGAUUCGGCUAUUGUCAUUGGCCGGUCCUUUCUACAGGAGGCGUACAUCAUCACUAAAUAUGACGAGGCCGUGUUUUCGAUCCAUCAGGCCAAGUUCCCCGAGCAGCCGGUAGCAGAGGCGAACCUAGUACCAAUCAAGCAGCCGAAUAACAGCCCUUACCCGUCACCCCCAAAACAGACGGGCAACAGGUUGAGCACGGGACAAAUGGUUGGCAUUGUUGUUGGUGGCAUUCUAUUGUGCUCUUUCUGCCUCAUCAUCCUCUGCUGUGUCUGCCGCCGCCGAAAGUCGCCGGAGAAAGGCGACGAUGCCACCAUCACGGAAACGAAGGACGGCGCAUCUACACUUAUACCCGAUACACCGAGGAUACCUCGGCCUACCUUAUUCCUGAAGUUCACACGGCGCAAAAGGUUUGAGAGUGAGGCGAGCAAGGUCACCUCGCCAGUUAGCCCUCUCUGUAUAGAGGCUCCAGAUUCGGAAAUCUACGAGCUUCCGGCCCCGAUGCCUCCCGUCGAAUUGGAUGCUAGCGAUGGAGAAGAUGUCUCUUCGAUACUGAUAGGCGAAACAGUCCUGGGCACCGAGACAACGGGUAGUCUCAGUGCGUAUGAGAUGGCUAGGAGGAAGAUGGACCGGCAACUUCAAGGCCCUGUGCCCGAGUACUCACCACCGCUGCUGGAUACAGCCCUGCCUCAGGAGAAGGCGAUGGCAGAAGCCAGCGGAGUACGCGCAACUUCAGGUAGGGAAGCAGUCCCUGUGUCUCCAAUCAAAGCAGAGUCGGGAACUGGCUCGCUUCCGGCAUCGCUACCCUCACCGAUCUCUUCGGGCUACGAUAGCCAUCCGGAUACUAUGCCGUAUCCAGGUGCUGGUUUUGCAGCGGCUCAAGACUCUAGUGGUAGCUCAAGAAGCCCAUAUGAGCAGGCUGCAAAGGCUCAUUUUCAACUGGUAAAUAGCCGAUCAAACUCGAGGCGUUCAAUGAGUCCAGCAGCGUCAAAUCUCGACCAGAACUCUGAUUCUCCCGUGGCAUGCCAAAAGACCCCGAUCGACCCAACAAACAUCGUCUGCUUGGGGAACCUCCCCGACAAUCUCAAAACGCUAAGACACAGCAUCAUGUUAGCGCAUAUUGUCAGCCAGGAGAAUCGUGACAGCUUUGAUAGCUUCACGCCUCGUUUCAAAGCCGAAUUCCAUCUCUCCGAGCAGAGUUUGGGAAGCAACUAUACGGAGGAAGAAGAUCGAAUGAUGCAGGAGAUGACGAUGCAGGAGAUGACGAUGCAGGCUGCCUCUUCUCUUGGCCAGUCACAUGAAGAUUCACCAUCUGACGGACUAUCAAGAGACCGAAGAGAGACUUAUAAUUCGACUCAGGAGAUGAAGAACGGCAACGAUAUUGUCCACGUUCCCCAGCUGGCGGAAAAGCGAUACAGCUGGGAAGACUGA